GGCGAGAGCGGGAAGAGUACCUUCAUCAAACAAAUGAGGAUCAUCCAUGGAGGAGGCUACAGCGAGGAGGAGAAGAGGAGCUACGCUAAGCUGGUCUACCAAAACAUCUACACGUCCAUGCAGACUAUGCUGAGAGCCAUGCAGGCACUGCACCUGACAUUCUCUCACACAUACAACCAGACCUGCGCCACCAUGAUCCUGGAGGUGGAGGUGGACAGGGUGGAUGACUUGCAUCAGGACCACGUGGAAGCCAUCAGGAGUCUUUGGACGGACGCUGGCAUGCAGGAAUGCUACGACCGCCGUCGGGAAUACCAGCUGUGUGACUCCACCAAAUAUUAUUUGAUGGAACUAGACCGGAUCGCACAACCCUGCUAUGUACCCGAUCUCCAGGAUAUCCUGCGGGUCCGAGUUCCCACCACGGGGAUCAUCGAGUACCCCUUCGACAUGGAGAGCGUCAUCUUCAGGAUGGUGGACGUUGGGGGUCAGAAGUCAGAGCGCAGGAAGUGGAUCCACUGCUUUGAGAAUGUCACCUCCAUAAUCUUCCUGGUGGCGCUCAGCGAGUACGACCAGGUUCUGGUGGAAUGUGACAACGAGAACCGCAUGGAGGAGAGCAAGGCACUUUUUAAGACCAUCAUCACGUACUCCUGGUUCCAGCGCUCAUCCGUCAUCCUCUUCCUCAACAAGACCGACAUCCUCAAGGAGAAGAUCAUGCACUCCCACCUGGCGGACUACUUUCCGGAAUUCACCGGCCCUCGUCAGGACGCGGCGUCUGCUCAGGAGUUCAUCCUGAAGAUGUACCAGGAACAAAAACCCGAAAAGGACAAGACGCUCUAUCCUCACUUCACCUGCGCUACGGACACGGAGAACAUUCGAUUUGUCUUUGUGGCGGUCAAAGACACCAUCUUGAGACAUAACCUGAAGGAGUUCAACCUGGUCUGAAAGAGGACCAGUAUUAUAAUGUAUACUAACAACUGGCUAACAAAUAUGUACUAUAAGAAUAUGACUAAUUAUAAAUCUCGCUGUAUUUCUUUAGGCAUACAUUGCUUUUAUCCAUCCAUCCAUCCAUUUUCUACUGCCAAUUCCAUUCGGAGUCGCCGCAGCCUAUCUCAACUACAAUUGGGCGGAAGGCAGGGUACAACCUGGACAAGUAGCCCCCUCAUCACCGGGCCAACACGGAUAGACUUGGGUCAAUUUAGUGUUGCCAAUCAACCUAUCCCCAGGUGCAUGUCUUUUUAAACACAUUUAGGAUAAAACAUUAAUCAGGUUUUCAAUGCAACAUGCAGCUUACAAUGUCUCCAAAAAUUUGCAGGAAAAAAAACUUUGGUGGUAAAGGCUUCCCAAAAAUAUUUUCAACCCCUCCUAAAUUAUAGUGUUGUUGUUUUUUUCAACAAAAUAGUGCCAGCAAAAUUAUUGGAAUGUAGUCAGACUGUGAAUGUGUUUUAAUACUCAUGCAAUCUGUCAUUAUUCACCUAAAUGUGAUUAUACACAGAGUAAAUAUGUCACGUUUCCCUUUACUUCAGAGUAUAUUAACAUACCGUAUGCCAUGUGUAAUAAAAUAAAUGUAAUAUAAAAAUGUAAAUGUGCAAACAUCAACAAAAAAAAAAUUGUUUUGAUUUAAAAAAAAUUGUAUUUUAAAAUAUGUAUUCCUACGAUUUGUUUUUUUCUUUAUAUC